AUGGGAGACGAGAUGUUGAGCGUGUUUUACAGUGGAGAUAUUUUUGCCGGCCACGGUAAGAUAAGCGCUCGGGAGGUAGCGAACCUUAAGGCAAGUUUCGAAGAAAAGAGCGAAUUUCGCCUUUUCAGGGACUAUUUUGGACUCAUAAGACUCGUACAGAACGCUGAGUUGAACGGUAAAGGAACUGCAGGGAUAGACAGUUUGUAUGAUUUCACCUACACCAAAAGAUCUCGUGUGGACAGCGUGGGAUCGGAUCACUCUCUAACGAGCUCGGGUUCUGGUGGAAAUCCAGACAUUGAAUUGUGCAUUGAAACGUCAAAAGCGCCAGGCUCAUCUCUCGCGCCCGGCGCACCAACCAGAAACGUUUCCAAACGGAACGCCGAAAACAACAGCGAAGUGGCCAAUCGCAACCGGAAAAACCGCGAAAGUAAGAAGAACAGAAAUGCGAACGUGUGUGUGUUUUGCAGAAAUAAUGGAGAAAGCAAAAAAGUCUAUUCAAGCCAUGUUCUGAAGGAUGCCGAGGGGAACACUACAUGUCCAAUACUCAGAGCAUACACAUGUCCUCUAUGCAAAGCAUCCGGGGACCAGUCGCACACCAUCAAGUACUGCCCCAAAAAUAAAAGCUCUGCAAAGCAGCCGCCGCAGAACACUCCACUGACUCAAAACAUUUGA